AUGCACCACACAGCCGUCAAAAGGAUUUUUCUUGCACUCCCCAUCUCUUCAAAUGCAAUCACAUCAUAUGCUUCCUUAACCUACGCUGAGAUGCUCCCAAUUAGACCAACUGAUCUGAACACCAUCAAUACCCUCCCAGUGGAGCCAUCAACCCUGCUGAACUUGUCGAACAGACGGAUCGCUCCCUCUCAACUAGCACGUUCCUCUCUUGUAGCACCCUUAAGAUCUACCUGCUUUUCCACCCCAUCCACUGCAGACAUUACAUCUGACAUUUUCACUUUCUUUCUGCCUUCAACUGUGGCACAUUAUCGCGGAUUACAGCAUCUUUUGAUUCACGCAGCUUGGAUUGCAAACUUCGCUAUCUAUUACUCCUCCACCAAAGAAAAGUCUCCACAGACACCUCUGACGCCUAGGACGCCUCUUAUAGACAGAAUAUCUCACACGAUUAGCACUGUUGGCAUUAAUUACCGUGUUCAUAUGGUGUCUCUCCAGAUCAUCCUGCUAAGCGCUCAACGUUCCGCUACACCUUUCCCUAAACAACUCCUUCGUGAAGCGGAAAGGAAUUUAUGUGAAUCAUUUCCAGGCCUAGGUUGCCUUCUGUCUGCUUUUGACAAGACUUUCUGCUUUACUUACCUUACAAAUUCACUUCCUUAUGCCUUCCAGGUUUGGCUUGAUUUCUUCUUCCCUCUGCUCAUCAGUACGCAUUGCAGCUCGAAACAUUCGCAACACUUUCCUCAGUGUCUAGAUUGUUCUCCCACCGACAUUCCAAGACUGUAG